AUGGACAGCCUAUUGUCCGCUCGUGGUGGCCUGAAUGUCACCCAGGUGCUUGGCAGGAUUCCGCCCCAUGUGCUGAACCCAGCCUUGCAUCGCGAUGAGAUUAAUUUGUCCAUGGCAGAGAACCAGGUGAUUCGCCAAGAAAUCCUGCAGUUGGCGAAGUCAGCCAUUGAAACAAGUCUGCAUGACGAGACUUCUGCUGACCGUCUUCAGCACCUAGAUUGGCCCAAGGGCUUCUUUGGCGAUGCAACGCUGCUUGACCUCCUUGCGAGUACAGUCAACACUCACUUCCGCCCCCAUUCCCAGGUAGCAUCAGAUAAUAUCGCGGUUACCGCCGGGGCGGCGGCUGGUCUGGAUGCUAUUUUGUACAAUAUUUGCAAUCCGGGUGACGGGGUGCUCGUCCCAUGCCCGUACUGGAAUGGAUACGAUGCACUGUUCGCUUUGCACUCCGAGGUCCGCCCUGUUGGUGUUGUCGUGCCUUCUCUCGAGGACUCCUUGGGGCCAGCUCUCCUCUCGGCAUUGGACGAGUCAUACGAGAAUGCCCCUUGUCCGAUCAAGGCACUCGUAAUUGCUAAUCCACACAACCCUCUCGGUCGACCAUACUCCCGAUCAAUUCUCGAGCAAUGCAUGGCGUUCUGCCAACGGCGGAACAUCCACCUGGUUUCAGAUGAGGUGUUUGCCCUCAGUAGCUUCCCUAGCCCGGACUUCACGAACCCAGAGCCCUUUGUCUCUUGUCUAAGCAUCGAUCCCUCUCGUGUUGGAUGUGAUCCACAACGCAUCCACGUCGUCUGGAGUAUGAGCAAGGACCUUUCCGCCAGUGGCGUCCGACUGGGCUGCGUCGUAACCCGUAACCGGCCCCUCAGGGACGUUGUAGGGCUUGUGGCAUCCGUACAUGUAUCGGUGUUGUCGACCGUCUUUGCGAAGGAAGUGCUCGCCUCACCACAGCUGCCGGAAUUGUUGACACUCAGUGCUACCAGACUGGCAGAGACAUACACCACGCUAACCACCGCAUUCAACGCCACUGGAAUUGAGUAUUUCCCGAGCUAUGCCACGGUGUUCGUUCUUGCUCGGCUGGCCCCCCACGCAACAACCUGGGACGAGGAGAUGCUCGCCCUCCGCGCGUACAUGCAGGCAGGCAACCACAAAAUGCCCACCCAGAUAGCCAAGUCCGCAUGGAAAGUGAUUCCUAUGUUCCAAUCCACUUCGAUUUCCCGCACGGUCCAAUUCUACACUGAGAUUCUCGGCUUCGAGCUUGGCAGUGUCAAACCCGAAGAUGACACGUCCGAAUUGACCUUUUGUUCGAUUUUCAUGGGUAAAAAAGCCGACGCCAACUUCUACUUCUCGAAAGCCUCUGUUGAAGAAUUCAAAGCGUCCGAAGCCAUGAUUGCGCUAGGGACCCAGGAAUUGGACGAGUAUUACCGAUACUUGAAAGGUCGCGAAGAGGUGGUAAUCGCGGAGGACAUUGAAGACAUGCCCUGGGGCUUUCGCCAGUUUACCAUCAGGGAUCAUGAUGGGAAUCGAUUGACGUUCUUCAAGUUCUUGGAAGGGGGGAAUCCGGGUGAAGAGUGA